AUGGCAAGCAGCUCGGGUUCAGACACACCCAGUCGCAGAAUGUCAAGCGCAGCAUCAACCCCAUCCCGUCACCGCAAGUCACACUCCACAAGCGCCAUCGCGGGUCUCGUGUCCGCUCGCAAACCCACGUCCUCUGGUCUCGCUGCCGUCGCAGAGGGUCGGAAGUCUAGCAAUGAAAGCGAUACACCUUUGGACCCCCGUGAUGCCCUCGAAGAUGUUCGUUCCCUACGCUCCUCAGGUCGCCGUCGUCUGCGCGCGCUCCGCGACCUGGAGCGCGGCCUUGCCUCGGCGUGCGGCAAUGGCGGACUGGAAGCGUUUGUCGCUCUGCAGGUGCACACGCCGCUGCUUACGUUGCUCGCCCGGCAUGCCGCGAGUCUCUCCAAGCGUGCGAGUAUUACAUCGCUGCCUGCCGGUGACGAGUUUGCUCGCCACCUGUCACCCGAGAUCGACACCUCGCUUAGCAUUCUGCAGGGUGUUACUCUGCUGAGCCGCAACUGUAAAGCCGCCGUCGGCGAGAGAUGGGCGAUGGAAAUGUUCCUCGACCUGUUGCUCCUUCUUCGCACACAAACUACCGAAGGAAAUGCUCGCCCGACGGCCUACAACCUCCUUGACCUUCUGUUCUGUGUUCUCGUCGACUCACCCGAGCACGCGCGCACGUUUGAGGAUCUCCAGGGCUUGGAGGCCGUCACACGAGUUCUGCGCGGAACGGACGUGCCAAAAGAUGUCAAAAUGAAGUGCUGCGAAUUCCUCUAUUUUUGGCUUUUGCCCGAAGGUGCGAUCACUAUGCCCGACAUGGGUGCCAACUUGCCAGAGCUGCCUUCGCGUUCUACCUCCACCUCGUCCAUGGGCAACAGCUUCCUUGUGGGUGAGGCAUCGAGCGCGUCCUUUGCCACCACAGACGACAUUACGAUGCCAUCACCAGCCCAUUCUCGCACCGCCUCCGAGGUCUCGUUACGCGCCUCCACGCGCGAGGGCGAGACAGGUCUUCCCUUUGUGCCGCAGACGCCGCGCAAACCAGCGAAGCCGAGUCUCGGAUUCCAGACGCCAUCUCGUUCAGCGGCUACACCUUCGAGCAUGCGCCGGAUCUCAGGAUCGAGUACAGCGACGACACUCACGCCUGUGCCGUCUUCACCAGACGACAGGAAAGAGGAGGAUGAUGGUUCGCUCACCCGUCGUGACUCCAAAGCGUGGGCGGCAGCCCAGCGCACGGGUCUUGUACCAGGACGCGAGGAUGCGGGCUCACGGGCUAGCUCGGGGUCGUCAACAUCAUCGUCAGCCACCGUCGUCCCGCCCGGCCAUAAGCGCCGCGGAUCCGUCGGUCCUUCGCCACCCUCCCGUGUGACUGUGGAGCAGACAGCGCGUGUCACUAGGUCAUCGACGUCGACGGAGGCGGGCUCAUUAGGAGCGUCUUUGGCGCGGCGUCCCAGCAUGCGUGCCGGUAGCAUCACCAAGUCGCCCCUCAGCGGGGAUACAGUGGAUUCGCCAGCGGCCGUGACUCCUGUCCGACCUCGCCCAAGCCACUCGCGCACCCAGUCGUCACAGUCUGGCCUCCCUUCGACCACACCGGAAGCUCGUGGCCAGCAAAAGUCGCGCGGCUUCCCCUCCGAACUCACUCGUGGUAUGCUGCCAUCGGUCGUGUCCAGCCCUGUGCCCCUCACCCCUUCGCGGCGGAUCCCCACUGAGCGCCUUGCCGCUGGUUCAAUCCGCUCUGUGGCUGAAAAGAAAGAGAUGCUUGGCAAGUGGCUUGGAAACGUCGACCAACUCGUGCAGGGUGUCGAGAAGGUCGGACUGUGGCCGAAGAAGUAG